GCUGCCGUGCACUGCCCGGCCACUGCCUCGGAGCCGCUGGUCCUGGCGAGCCCCACUGCGCUCUUUCAGAGCCAGACCCAGGAGGAGCCCUUGCAGUUCGAGUUUCUGGCCACUGUGCGGCUUCCACGGGGAUCCGCAUGGCUGACGGCCGGAGAAG